CCAUUGGGUGUUGUGACCAAGCAUAUUGGGCAUAAUGAGAGUGGAGAGGAGGAUGGGGUCCUGCAAGCACCUCCCCUAGAAAUGCAGCAAAUCUUUACCCGUUUUUUUUGUCGGUGCGGAGUAGCGCGCGCACUGGGAACCGGAGACGCGCGAGACUCUUAGCAUUGGCAGGCUGACGGUGACACGUGCCUCUCUCUCAACACCCCCGAGCUCCCGUGUACCGCAUUGGCAUCAGCGACGGCCACCGAAACGCAGGAGUCGACGCUGUGCCACAAAUACAGAGAACGGAAAAGCCGCGCAAAACCGCGAGCGUUCUCCUUUACGCACCGGACACAAGCGCGCAUCAGAGUCCGGCCAGAAAAAAAAGAGAGAGGAGCGGGCGAACAGGAUGCAGGUGCCAGGCAUCAUCUACGUCUGAAAGUGACAUGAACCACGGAAUUAGCAAAAACACCAGGCAGAGCUGGAGAUAACGAACACGCGUCACCACGAUCUUCUCGCUCCGUCGAUGCGCAGACAAAGAACUCCGGUCGCACUCUAAAUUCGAUAUAGCUAGAAAAACAUCUGAAGAGGAAUUUUAACACCAGUCUCAUUUAGGAGAGCAAUCAUGGCCACGUUAAUUAGAAGCAAGAUCUCUAACAAGCUGUCCAACGCGGCCACCACGGUCACCAAUAAGUCGCAGGCGAAGGUGAGUGGGAUGUUCGCCAAACUGGGCUUCCAGGCCGCCACCGAUGAAGAGGGUCUGGGCUUCGCCGCCUGCGAUGAUCUGGACUAUGACCACAGGCAGGGGCUUCAAAUGGACAUCCUUAAAAACGAGGAAAUGGGUGGUGGAGAGGGCGGCGGGGAAACGGGGGGCGAGGGGCUCGAAGGGGACAGCCAUUACCAGAGGGAUGGAACGGGUCCGCCGCCCUCAGCAUCCAAAGACGGCGGAUUAUGCUCCGAAAUCAACCCGGACAAGCCAAGAAUUACUGCUUGGGAGGCAGGAUGGAACGUGACCAAUGCGAUCCAGGGCAUGUUUGUUCUCGGGUUACCCUACGCCAUUCUCCACGGAGGAUAUCUCGGACUGUUCCUCAUUAUAUUCGCUGCAGUCGUGUGCUGCUACACGGGGAAAAUCCUCAUCUCUUGCCUCUACGAAGAAAACGAAGACGGCCAGCUGGUACGAGUGAGAGACUCGUAUGUGGAUAUUGCCAACGCAUGCUGCGCGCCGCGCUUCCCCUCGCUGGGAGGCCACGUCGUCAACGUAGCCCAAAUCAUCGAGCUGGUGAUGACCUGCAUUUUAUAUGUGGUGGUGAGCGGAAACCUGAUGUACAACAGCUUCCCCAACCUCCCCGUGUCCCAGAGGUCUUGGGCCAUCAUCGCCACCGCCGCUCUUCUGCCUUGCGCCUUCCUCAAGAACCUCAAAGCCGUGUCCAAGUUCAGCUUGCUCUGCACCAUCGCGCACUUCAUCAUCAACAUCCUAGUGAUCGCGUACUGUCUUUCCAGGGCGCGAGACUGGGCCUGGGACAAGGUGAAGUUCUACAUCGACGUCAAGAAGUUCCCCAUCUCCAUCGGCAUCAUCGUCUUCAGCUACACCUCGCAGAUCUUCCUGCCUUCGCUGGAGGGGAACAUGCAGAAGCCCAGCGAGUUCCACUGCAUGAUGAACUGGACUCACAUCGCUGCCUGCAUCCUCAAAGGCCUGUUUGCCUUGGUGGCUUAUUUGACGUGGGCCGACGAAACCAAGGAGGUGAUCACCGACAACCUGCCGUCCAGCAUCAGAGCCGUCGUUAACCUCUUCUUGGUGUCCAAGGCGCUGCUUUCAUACCCGCUGCCAUUCUUUGCUGCCGUGGAUGUCCUGGAAAAGUCUUUCUUCCAAGACGGUGGGCGUGCGUUUUUUCCGGAUUGCUACGGGGGCGACGGGCGUCUCAAAUCGUGGGGUCUUUCGCUCCGCUGCGCACUAGUUGUGUUCACUAUGCUUAUGGCUAUUUAUGUGCCGCACUUUGCACUCCUCAUGGGUCUGACGGGAAGCUUGACAGGCGCGGGUUUGUGCUUUCUCCUCCCCAGCUUAUUUCAUCUCAAGUUGUUGUGGAGAAAGCUCUUGUGGCAUCAGGUCUUCUUCGACGUCGCCAUAUUCGUGAUCGGGGGUAUAUGCAGUAUUUCUGGCUUCAUCCAUUCCGUCGAGGGCCUCAUCGAGGCGUACAAAUACAACCUGGUCGAUUAGUCUGGAAAACGAUGAGUGGUGGUAGUUUGGUGAUAAGUGUUACACAUCCCACAUAUUGAUAACCAAACCGAUAAGUUUCCCCAGAAAAAAAAAAUAAUAAUAAUAAUUAAAAAGCUUUUAACCCAUGCCGCUCUUAAAAAUAAAAGGUUCCAAAAGGGUGUUUUUGCAGAAGAACUGUUUUUGGCUCCCCAAAGAACCUUUCAGUGAACAGUUCCUAAAAUAACCAUUUUGAAGAUCAUUUUAAAAAUCUAAAGAACCUUUUCUGCAUUUGAAAGGUUCCAUGGAUGUUCAAGGUUCUUCAUAGAACCAUUGAUGCCAAUAAAGAACCUUUAUUUUUAAGAGUGCAGGUUCAUUCAAAUCUGACCUGAACACACAAUAAAUCAGCGAUUCUUUACGCAUCCACAUGAGAAAUGCCUUGGACAGCAGCGCGUUACACAAAUAGACACCAGAGCAAACCUACCCAUAUUUUUGUUGUUAAGCGAGAAAAUGGUUUACAAGGGAAUUUAUUUCAGCUUUGAUUUGGCCCGACUCCACGGGAAUCAUUUCAUUUGAGUGCAAGACAUUCAGCUGAGCGAAGCAAUGCUGUGAGAGAGCAAAUCUCCUGCAAUAUACACGACUAAGAACAAAAAACAACCAGUUAAUUACAAGGGACUAACACCGUGGCAAUAAACACAAUAGAGUACGUUUAUAAAAUAAAUAAAUUGAUGGAUUUUCCUUAAUUCGAUCUGAGGACACGUAUAGCCUAAGUCUUAAUUAUUAUCGUUUGCAUUUACUGAACCAAAUCGGAGAGGGCAAGAUAGAAAAUAAUAAUAAAGGCAGCAUACUGGACGGUGAAUAGAAGUACUUUAACUAUGCAUUUUGAUCGUAUGAUGUCCAUGCAGUAUUAGAGAUAUUCAGAAGAAAACGAGGGUUUUAUUCACACAUGAGGAUUGCGCUGCGUUUCAAUGCUCUCUGACAGAAAUCAUACAAAGAGACUCGUAUUUUUACAAGACAUCGAAUAACGAACAAGAAAGAGUCGCUGAAGCUGAAGAUAAUGAAGAGGAAAACGAAAAUCACUCGGAAAUCCCAGAAGAAAUUAUGGAAGGUAUUAAAACAUCCCACCAAAUCAAAUCGCUAAAUUUCGACUUUGAGCAUUGCGUUGUUUGUCGGAUAUCAAAUGUUGUAAUUUUAAACAAUUAAUAACGUUCAUGUUCCCCUCGGUGAGAUUUAUUAUAGCGUCGUUGGAUCGAAAUCAAGUCUGAUUCAAUAUUCGAAAUCAAGGGACUUGCAUAAGACAUUUUUUUCAUUUUGUGCAAUCCAAUGGGUGCUGUGGAAAUGUUAUAAAACCGUAUGUGUUGUGUUAUUGUGGUUUAAAAGAUGGAAUGUAUAUCACAAAAUCGUUAUCAUAUAUCGUGAAAAUGAAUAUAUUGAAGAAUAAAGAAACGCGUGAAAUU